AUGGCAGCUAGGUAUGAUCUCAUCAAGUGUAUCAAUGCUGGUCCAGAGCAUAAGGUGUGGAAGCUCAAAGUACGUGUCAUUAGACUUUGGAUUGUUUCUCACUUUGCAAAUUCUGGGAUGAAGGCACCUAUUGAGAUGGUUGUCCUUGAUGAAGAGGGGGAUACAAUUCAAUGCUCUAUUAAAGGUAUAUUUGUUCCUAUCUUCGAGGGCCUAUUCGCUGAGGGCAAUAUGUACGUUGUCACUAAUUUUGCAGUUGCUUUGAAUACCAUCAAGUUCAAGCCUACUAGACACGAAUUUAGAAUCCACUUUAAGAGGGACACGAUUGUGCGUCCGGUACAAGAUUCUUCAGUUCCAUUGAACAGAUUCAAUUUUGUUCCAUUCAAAAAAAUUCAGGCAGAGUCUAAAGAAGAUGGUUAUUUAGUUGAUGUGAUAGGUCAGCUUGCCUCUAAGGAUAACUUGGUCGAGUUCACACGGGACGGGAAGCUGUCAAGUUAUAUCACCAUAGAACUUGAUGAUCUUGAGUAA